CUACAGGCCGCUCGCGAGGCACGUUAGUCGCGCCCUCGCUUCUCCAAAAUGGCGGCCUCUAAGGACGGUUGUGGUGUAGGAGAAGUGGCUGCGGGGAACGGGAGGCGACUCCACCUGGGGAUUCCUGAAGCGGUUUUUGUGGAAGAUGUAGAUUCCUUCAUGAAACAGCCUGGGAAUGAGACUGCAGAUAUUGUACUGAAGAAGCUGGAUGAACAGUAUCAGAAGUAUAAGUUUAUGGAACUCAAUCUUGCCCAAAAAAAAAGGAGGCUAAAGGGCCAGAUUCCUGAAAUUAAGCAGACUUUAGAAAUUCUAAAAUACAUGCAGAAGAAAAAAGAGUCCACCAGUUCACUGGAGACCAGGUUCUUACUGGCAGAUAACCUGUAUUGCAAAGCUUCAGUUCCUCCUACCGAUAAAGUGUGUCUGUGGUUGGGGGCAAACGUAAUGCUUGAAUAUGAUAUUGAUGAAGCUCAGGCGUUGUUGGAAAAGAAUUUAUUGACGGCCACAAAGAAUCUUGAUUCUCUUGAGGAAGACCUCGACUUUCUUCGAGAUCAGUUUACUACCACGGAAGUCAAUAUGGCCAGAGUUUAUAAUUGGGAUGUUAAGAGAAGAAACAAAGAUGAUUCUACCAAGAACAAAGCAUAAAGAUGGCAGUUAAAAAUGUGGUUCAGUUUUCCAAACAUGUUUAUGCUUAAAAGUUGACAUAACUAAAUGAUUUUUAACAGCAAGAAUAAUUAAAACUUUAAAAACAGAUAAGCACCACUUUAUUUAUUUAUAAAAACAAAAUUAGUUGCAAAUAUUUUAUGAAACUUACAGUGUUGUUAUUUUAUUUUUUGCAUUUCCAACAAAGUAAAUGCUGCUUUCAUCAUUUUUGUUUGUUUGUCUGUUUUUUAUAAGGGAAGUCUUAGCCAAAAGGGCUAGAAACUGUGAGAUAUGUUAUAGAAGCUGAUUUCUGGACAGUUUAGCGCAGUUUACUUUUUCUGUAUUGCCUGGUGUAACUCACUUGUGUUAUGGUUAAACCAGUUUAGAGGUAGAAAAAACAGUUGAAAUAUUUGAAAAUUUGUUUUUCUUUAGUACACGUAGGGCUUUAUGGUCCUCUGUUGUUGUUAUUUGUCCUUUGUAAAUGGAGUUUCAUGAAUUACUGCUUAGCUAAUAACUAUGUAAUGUUCUGUACUUUUAAGGAAAUGGCAAUUUGCAUUCCUAAAUAGUAAGAGGGCUAUUGAGACAACACCUUUUCUAACCCGAUACAGGUACACAGAGCCUUUGCAAUGCGAACAUAAAGUACAUCUUGGCCAACAUGAAAUAACAAAAUUACCUACUGAAAACUCUUGCCUGAGGUGAUUUUGUACUUCUUGACAGUUCUCCAAAGCAGCAAGACAGGAAUAUUAAGAUAAAUGUAAAUCUUCAGUGGUUUAAAAGAGUUGUGAGAUUUUUUAUUCAUGGUAAAACUUCAUAAGAGUAGUAGAAAAUCCCUGUGGAAAGCCAUUGGUACAGUGGCUGGGUGAUACAGAAUUCUGGUAAAAACACAAAUGUAUUGUUCCAUGUCCCUGUAGCAAAGAGUAUACUUGUACAAUGUUUUGUACUUGUAUUUCAUGAUACUAAAGCAGUGAAGUUAAUUGUAGCACAGCACCUUUAUCAUGUUAUUCUUUCUAAAAUCAACAUGGGUCUUUUGUAAAGUUUAUUUACUUGCAUGUAUAACUGGCCAUGUCCAGAACCUUUUAUGUUUGUAGAAACAACAGAAGAUCCCUUUGGAAGGAAUAUAGAUAAGCAAACAAUUCAGAAGUUAAAUCUGAGAGAUACCAAAAUUUCCUCUCAGGGUUUCUUUCAUGAGUUUAAAUUCCUGUAUUUUAGAAUUUGAGCUUUGUAAACAUCUUAAUAUAUUUUUAAGUGUUAAAUUUCCCCCAAACUUUAUUAUGGUAAGUAUAUUGGUAUGAAAUGUUCCUGUUAACAGGAAUGAUUUAGUCAGAAGAUCUUCCUUUUGUCUUCCUUUAAGUCCAUGAAAAUCUAAAUAGGAAUUUUAGGUUUUCUAAGCACAACAAAUGUUACCUGAGUAUGCAGUAUGUGUCAGAGAGAGUAUUAGGCUCUGUUAAAUAAAAGACAUUUAAAUCUUG